AUGAAAAAGGCCAUCCACCAAGACUCUAUUCCGUUGUUACAAGGCAGCGAGAAAAUUGUGAUUGAUCAUGGCUUAGAAUUAUACAAGCAGCUUCAGCAACGAGAAUCGGAUUGUUUUAAAAAGGUUACUUUAAAGUUAAUUCAUGGUUGUAGUUCGUUAAACUUGGACAGUACCGAAAAUAUGGAAUAUGCGUUAACUUUAACCUUGUGUGAGUUACAAAGCGCUGAUAUGAAGGUGCCCAAGGAGUGUCAAUUCAUCUCGCAGGACCCUCGUUAUAACAGCAGAGACGUCAAGCAGUGUGUAAAAAAAUUAUCAAAAUCAGCUCAAACAUGGACCUCUUACAGCGGCUACUUUCGAGAUGUAGUUUUAAUCUGCUUUGCAAUCCGAUAUCCUAUGGAAAAAGAAAUCCUUCAAAAACUGCAUGUAAACAUCACUUUGAAUCAACUCCGGAAUUUUAACAUCUUGCAACAACAGCAAGAAUACUUGAUAAACUGGCGAAACGAAGAGUUCAAGACCUUGAGCAAAUUAAAGGAGUCGCAGGUGGAGCUUUUAAGCCAAAUGGAUGCUAUCCAAGGCUUGCAUACGAAAAGCGAAAGUCAAAUACAAGAUAUCUAUACGUCACUGGUAUCGCUCCAAGAUCAAACGCAGGUAGUGAUCAACAAGUAUAACGGGCUAGUACAAAAUCAUGUUGAUCAAAUGCAAGACCAGCUUAGUCAUCUGGUUAGAAGACAAGAAUACGAGCUGAAAAAGGUGGUGGGUACUGUUAUUCAAGGAUUACAAGCCAUUGAUCGAAAUAUCGAAGACAUGGUCAAAAUUCAACAGGACGCAUUGGAAACUUGGUCUAAUACCAGAAAUGUACAAGAGGAAUAUCUUGACUUUUGGAGAGAUUCCAUGCAUAGUAUACAUGAUAACCUGAGUCAUGUUUUGAAUAAGUCGUUGGAUAGCGUACAUCAUUUACACAGCGAGAUCGAAACAAUUCAUGACCAAGUAAAGUUUAUUGCUGCACCUAUACAAUGGACCAGUCAAGCGUUAUUUGUUCUUCUUUACGGGUUGAAAAGGGUUGCGUUGAAUACGUUUAUCCAAAUCGCCUUUUUUUAUCACCUGACUUGUUUAUUUCAACAUUAUGAGCAACCAAAGCAAAUCAUAUUGUCGGUUGCGUGUUUCAUUGCGCAUCAAUAUCUAACAAGCUACCUAUUUUCGUGGGUGGAAUCUGAAUUUGAUGUUCCUCUCAAAAUACUUUUGAUUUUUAUAGAGUGGACGGCCAAGGAAAUGUGGAUAACAAGAAAAUCAACCUUCAUCACCUUUCUUCCUGAGCAUGCAGACAAUGAAGACAUGCUACCAAAAAUUCAUAUCCCCAGGUUUAUUAAUAUGACACUCCCUGAGCACUUUACCGAAAAUAUUGCAAAAAGUCCUUCAGGACACAAGAAGCUUCAUUUUCAUCGAUACUACAGCCAUGCUUGAUGGGGAGGAAUUUGAAGGAGCGACUUGCGGGGGCGAUUCCUUCUUUUUUUUUUUCAGACUAAAAAAAAUAAAAAGUGUG